AUGCAAAACAUUAAUUACUAAGAGAGCAAAUUUUAGUUUGAAUGCUUUAGAAAACAUCUGCUUAUGGAUGCCAAGUAUUAUGGAUAUUUACUACCGAACCAAUUGAUUCUGACAAGAGUAUUAUGUUUGGUUAUCUCUAAUAGGCUAAAUAGUCAUAGACACCUAAAUAUAAUUUGCCUUUACUACUAAACACCUUAAUUCAUUUUGUCACCAAAUAGCCUUCAAACGAGAUUGAAUAGUUUGGUUUUUUAUAUAAAGAACAAUUCAAAUACUUUUAUGCCAACCCAAAUAUCAUAUUGUAACUUAAAGAACUUUUGGCUUGCAAAGUUAUGUUUAAAGACAUUAGUGAGUUCUAUUAACCAAUAAGUAUGUUGGGGAGAGGUGGUUCUUCAAAAGUAUAACAUUGAUUAACCCUUUAGGUGUAUUAGGUGAUGAAAAAAGGCUCUAAAGAUUAAUAUGCUUCGAAGUGUGUCGAUAAACGAUACUUGAUAGAAGAUGGAGGAUUUGUAAUAAUUGAAUGUAAACCUAGAAUGGAUUGUUUAAUGAGAUCCAGCUGAUGCAAAAGAUGAACCAUACAAAAAUAAUCCACCUAGAAGAAGUCUAUGAAGGGGAGAACACAUUUUAUUUGAUUUUGGAGUAUUUAUAAGGUUAGAGUUUACAUGAGUCUUUCAAUAGGAGACAAGUUAUAUUUGAAUAGGAAUAGAUAUAAACAAUAAUGUUUGUAAAAAAGAAUUUCAUAACCUUAGCAACUCUUGACAGCGGUUUAGUAUAUGCAUUCUUUAGGAAUCAUGCAUAGAGAUUUAAAACCUGAAAAUAUUAUGUUUAAGAGUCAAAACGCCUAUGAUGAAUUGAAAAUUGUAGAUUUUGGAUUGGCCACAUCAAUCUGGGCCGAAACCUAUCCCUUUCCUAAAUGUGGGACUCCUGGCUAUGUUGCUCCUGAAAUUGCUAACCUCAAAGAUUUGAAUUAUAAAUACGAUUUGAUUUGCGAUAUGUUUAGUGUCGGCUGUAUAUUCCAUAAAUUGUAAAUAGAUUUAAUAUUUUAGAUUAACAGGAAAAGAGCUAUUUCCAGGAACCGAUUACUAGGAAAUUUUAAAAUUAAAUAAAAAGUGUUCAAUCAAUUAUGAACUUCUUACUCUCUAUAGAGCACCAAAAGAGGCUAUUGACUUAAUUGCCCAACUCUUAACUAUUAAUCCAAAAGAUAGAAUAUCAGCUUAAGCUGCAUUAUAACACAAUUAUUUUUAACUUAAAUUUUAAACCAAAAGAGGCAAAUUUUAACAAAAUAACAAUAAAUACACUCCCGUGUUUCAAACUUAAAAUUUUAAUCCUAAAGAUAAUAUCUAAUAAUAAAACUUUCACAUUGAAGACGACGUAGUUGAAGAUGAAAAUGCCCAUUCUCUAAAAGUACCUAUAAUGUAAAAAAUGAAAACCUUUGACCAAUUUGUUUGUAAAAUAAAACCAUAAGUUACACCCACUUUGGCUAGAAGAAACUUCAAAAAAUUCUAAACUUCAGAUUUUAACUCAGCAUUAUCUCCAAACUCGCCUAAUCCAUUAUAAAUGGAGAAUAAACCAUCUUUAAUUAUCAAUUCAUCAAAUUAAGAUUUGCUUAAUGAAAUUCACACUAAAAAUGAGCAUUAAAUUAAUUAAAUGGGUUAAAUAGAUGAAGAACAAGAAGAAUAAUUCUAAUAAAACGUAUGA